AUGAGCCAACAACUAUCCACCCCAACUGGCUCAAGCCACCAGGACUCCCCCUCAGCAGGACAGUCCAAGCCAGCAGUAGAACCAUCCCCAGAACACCACGAACACCAUUCAGCGCCAAGAAUACCUUCUACGACUACCCAGAGGAGAGGAAACUACAGCAUGGCCACCACUACCACUACCACCGCCGCCCCUCCGCACAAUAACCUGACCUUCAAGAACGUCGACUCACUCGAACAGAAACUACUCGACCCAUCUGCUUCAAACCAUACCCUGGCACCCGAAUGGUCCAAACAAGCCUCACACUCAUCCAGCCAAACCGACCCAUUCUACGAGCCACCACAAACUGACCAACCAAAUCAUCCAAAACCAAUCCUCAACGAACACUCUCCACUGAUCAACGACGAAGAUACCCACCUAUCAGAAGAACUCAGGUUGCUCUACGAAUCCUUCCAAGCCUGUCUAGACCUAAGAGAUAAAUACAUCGGACUCUCCAAGCAGAGAUUGGUCGAUAACCCCCAAUCCUUCGACUCCAAGUUCAUCAAUCAAUCAACCGCAAGGGGAAACCCACCUGCCCAUCCGGAGUGGAAGAUCUAUCCCCCACCACCCAAACCUCAUUGGCGAGCUAACUCAGACUAUCAAGCCGAGGAAGCCUGGGACCUACAUCCUAGAGACUCGCGUGAUCAGUUACAGGAUCAUCCUGCCUCGCCACGUCUAGAGUUCGACUUUGAUGCCUGUAGCUUGCCCGGAAAGGAUGACCGUUUCAGAUUUGCAAUCGACUCACAUGGGGUCUAUCAAAUCUAUCAUAUCAAUAGCACUCCUUCUAAACCCAACAACCAACCAGUCUUCAAGAUUCCCACCAUUCGCGAAUAUUUCCUAGACUUGGAGUUCGUCUUCGAGGCUAUCUCCAACGGGCCUGCUAAGAGCUUCGCCUGGCGGAGGUUAAAAUACCUAGAAUCUAAAUUUAGCAUGUAUGUCUUGUUGAAUGAAUAUCAAGAGCUUGCAGACAUGAAGCGGGUCUCUCAUCGAGACUUUUACAACGUCCGUAAGGUCGAUACACAUGUCCACCACUCAGCCUCUAUGAAUCAGAAACAUCUGCUCCGAUUCAUCAAAUCCAAAAUGAAGAAAAGUCCAGAUGACGUGGUCAUUUAUCGAGACGAGAAAUACCUGACUUUGAGACAAGUGUUUGAGUCCUUGAACCUGACGGCUUAUGAUUUAUCGAUCGAUACGUUAGACAUGCAUGCGCACAAUGACUCCUUCCAUCGCUUUGAUAAAUUCAAUUUAAAGUAUAAUCCGAUCGGUGAAUCCAGAUUACGAGAAAUCUUCUUGAAAACAGAUAAUCUAAUCCAAGGCCGAUACUUGGCUGAAUUAACGCAAGAAAUCAUGACCGACCUGGAAUUGAGUAAAUACCAACAUGCUGAAUACCGUCUAUCGAUCUAUGGCCGCUCGAAAGAUGAAUGGGACAAACUGGCUAAAUGGGUGAUCAACAACAAACUGUUUUCUAACAAUGUUAGAUGGUUGAUCCAAAUUCCUCGCCUCUAUGACGUUUACAAGCGGAGUGGAUUGAUCUCAUCGUUCGAAGAUCUGAUCGCCAACGUCUUCCAGCCGUUGUUCGAAGUCACCCAGGAUCCCCAGAGCCACCCUGAAUUGCAUGUCUUCCUGCAACGUGUUGUCGGGUUUGACUGUGUCGAUGACGAGUCCAAGCCAGAGAAACGAAUAUAUCGUAAAUACCCAUUACCAAAAGAUUGGUCGACCUCCCAAAACCCGCCGUAUGCGUAUUGGUUAUACUACCUCUAUGCGAACAUGGCAUCAUUGAACAACUGGCGACAGGGCCGGCAUUUCAACACCUUUGUCCUGCGCCCACAUGCGGGAGAGGCGGGAGAUCCCGACCACCUGACGGCCGCUUACCUGACCUCGCACUCGAUUUCUCACGGGAUCCUUCUGCGCAAGGUACCGGCACUCCAGUAUCUCUUCUACUUGAAACAGAUCGGUUUGGCCAUGAGCCCACUGUCCAACAACGCCCUCUUCCUCACCUACGAACGUAACCCUCUGCCACUCUUCUUUCGCACUGGGUUGAACGUGAGCCUCAGCACUGAUGACCCGCUGCAAUUUCAUUUCACAAAAGAACCCCUAUUAGAAGAGUACAGCGUUGCUGCCCAAAUCUACAAGUUUUCACCAGCAGAUAUGUGCGAGUUGGCGAGGAAUUCAGUCAUCCAAUCCGGAUUUGAGAUGGCGAUCAAACGGCAUUGGUUGGGUACUGAGUGGUACAAAUCUAGUGUCGAAGGCAACGUGAUCCACAAGACUAACGUGCCCAAUGGGAGACUUUUGUUCAGACAUUCUACUUUGACCGAUGAAAGGAUGAUGGUGUGGAGGUUUGCCGGACGGAAAGGGGUCCCAAAUCAGGAGCUAGAGAUCUACGAGAUGAGUCACCAAGAUCCCAUAAAGAAGGAAGAUCAUCGAGAGGAGAAGGAGGAUGAGAGGUCGGAUCGAGCACAGGUUUUCCAAGCUGAUGAGGCAGAUCCAAACCAAGCCGGCUCGAACAAUCACCCUGAGAAAAUCGUCCGGCCCUCCUCUCCUUCCCGAAAGCCUGGCAAUCAACCCGGCUUGACCAAAGACGCUUUGUCUGUAGCCAUGGCAGCCAUGUCCCUCAAACCAGCCGAUAUCUCUGCCGUUCAGCCUGGCGUCUCACUCUUCCUGGCUGAUAAACAACAACAUCAACAACAGCAACCCAAAAAAUAA